CCAGCACACAUGGUGAAAUGCAACUGCAACGAAACCCUUUUGAAAUUAUAGGUUUGAAACCAGUUUCAAACGUUUUCCACACACGCCGCAACCUAAAUAUGAUGAAAUUAGUCACAAUAAUUCCGAUUUUGAGACCAGACAGACGUCUCCAAAAUGUCUAGUUCAAGUGAUGAAGAAGUUCUGGUUCUGUAUUUGUAUCUUCGACAAAGAAGGAGGCGUAAAAGAAGAAGUAUGUGGUUACAUCCCUACAUUGAGAAGAAUAUCAACUGCCGUAUGUUUGUGGCUGCCAAAGAAUUACAACAAACUGACAGAAAAUUCAUGGAUUGUUAUCGUAUGAGCAAAAAUACAUACCUUGAGCUUGUUGAAAUAAUGACACCUCAGCUGCAGAAACAGAAUACUAACAUGAGGGAAUGUGUGAGUCCUCAAGAACGGCUAUUAAUAACACUUAUGUAUUUAGGAGGUACAUCUACUACAUAUGUGGCAUUGGGCUUAUAUUUCGCCAGAGGAGAAUCCACAAUUGCAAACAUCGUGGCUGAGACUACAAAAAAAAUAUGGGAAACUUUAAUGAAUACAUAUAUGGCGGUUCCAGACACAAAUAAGUGGAAACAAAUUGCUGAACGAUACUAUACUUUGUGGAAUAUGCCUAAUUGUUUAGGAUCUCUUGACGGAAAACAUUUUAAAAUAAAAAAGUAUCCUAAUACAGGAUCUGCAAAUUUUAAUUACAAAAAUUACAAUUCUGUAAUUUUAAUGGCAUGUGCCGAUGCUGAUGGUUUGUUUACAAUGAUAGAAGUGGGAUAUGCAGGUAGAAAUAGUGACGCAGGUAUUUUCAGAGUUUCAGACAUGAAGCGUCUUAUUGAGUCUGAUGCACUUAAUAUUCCUGCACCAGCCCGUUUACCACUUGAUGAAAAUAAUUACUCAUUCCCAUUUUACUUUGUUGGAGAUGAAGCCUUUCCUUUGGAAAAAUACCUAAUGAGACCUUUUCCUGGAAGGACUGCCACCAACACCUCACGGGUCUUUAAUUAUAGACUAUCCCGCGCAAGAAAAAGUGUUGAGUGUACUUUUGGCAUGUUAACAGAAAAAUUCAUGUUAUUCGAAUCACCAAUACGUUGCCGAACCCCUGAGGUGGUCAAUAAUAUAAUAAAAAGCGCUUGUGUCUUGCACAAUUUUGUGAGAUCCAAGGAAGGAAUGUCAUAUCAGGCAACGAACAUCAGUGGGGGAACAAGUCAACGACCUAAUGGUAUAAUUCCACAUGAUUUGAUCCUAGGACCCAAUCCUUCAUCUUUAGCUUUAAGAAAAUAUUUGAAUAAUUACUUUUUGGCACCUCAAACCGCAUUGCCUUGGCAAUGGGCUUAUUGUAUUUAAGAAUUAUAAUUAAAUAAACAAAAUAAUCAGCU